GUCGGGGAGCCAAGAGAAAGGCGAGGGCGGAGGGCGAGCAGAGCGCGGUCUUCGAGAUUUCAGACGAUCUUGCAGAAAGUGCGUGCGGACUCGCUUCUUCCACUUGCUUCUUCUUCUCCCCUGAAUCUUUUCUCGUGCCUUCUCGGAGGUCGAUCGAUUGGUUUCUUGUUUCAUUUGAUCGGGUUUUUGGAGAUUUUUGCUGUCAAGAUUGCCACGGCUUGUUGGGUCGUUUGAUCGAGGGGGCUUUGGAGUGUGAAGGAGCCGUCCGAGAGCAUGGCGAUGGCGAUGGCAGCCUGUUGCGGCACGAGUGUCGCUUUGGGAGUGCCGAGUGUAGGAGGAGUGAGUGCGGAGAGCGGGCGGCAGGCCCCUUGCGUGGUUUGUGUCAGGAGUAAGUUGGUGCAAUCUGGUGUCGUGUCGUGGGGGAAUCUGAAGGAGCAGAAGGUGGUUGUCGGGAGGGCGGGGAGCUCUGCGUUUGUUGCUGCUGCCUCUGCGACUAGUUUUGAGGGACCUAGUGACGAAACGACCACUCUCGUGAAGGAGGAUGAGAGCACUGUUGAGGAUUUGAAGCAGGCUUUGGUUGACUCCUUGUAUGGAACUGAUCGUGGACUCAGGGCCAGCAGCGAAACUCGUGGAGAGAUUGUCGAGCUGAUUACGCAGCUGGAAGCCAAAAAUCCCACUGCCGCCCCAACCGAAGCUCUCACCCUCUUGAACGGAAAAUGGGUCCUUGCUUACACCUCGUUUUCUGAACUUUUCCCGUUGCUGGCUGCCGCCAACUUGCCCCUUAUAAAAGUGGGGGAGAUCUCUCAAACGUUUGACGCGUCGGCGUUCACAGUCCAAAAUUCUGUUAGUUUUUCUGGACCCUUGGCCACUACUUCAUUCAGCACAUCUGCGACGUUCGAAGUUCGCAGCCCGAAGCGAGUUCAGGUAAAGUUCGAAGAGGGUAUCAUCGGGACACCGCAACUGACCGACUCCAUCGAAAUCCCCGACAAUGUGGAGGUUCUGGGUCAAAAGGUCGAUUUGGUAGCUUUCCAAAGUGUGCUGCGUCCCCUUCAAGACGCCGCAUCGUCUCUUGCGAGGACUAUCUCUGGUCAGCCCCCUUUCAAGUUUCCAUUUCAAUCUGAUAAAACUCAAUCCUGGCUCUUGACUACUUACUUGGACGGUGAUUUGCGAAUUUCUCGAGGAGAUGGUGGAAGUAUCUUUGUCCUGUUGAAGGAAGGGAGCCCACUUUUGGAAUAGUCUAUGGAUAUGUAACACUGAGCUGUACCAAUAUCUCCAAAGCGAGUUGAUUUCGGAGGCAAAGAGCAGCGACUCCUUCAAAAAAAUUGUGAAGAUAUCAUUGUAUCAUGCCACAGAUUGUACCAGUACGAUAGAAAGCUUUCGUGCGACUCUACACAUGGGUGCCAAAGUCUUCCAGAUAUUUGGGAUGUUUCACUUCAACCUUUUGUAAUUAUUCGUCGAUAAUUCUAAACAUAACAAAUGAUUACUCCCCGGUUCUUGACUUUUCGCCCCACGCUCAUGACAUAUGGGUUGGUUACUGCUGCAUGCAAACCCUGUCCAAGGUUCUAGUCCCUGGCAAGUUGAGAUUGAGACAACCACUCUUCACCUCCAUCUUUCACCUGUGAACGAACUUCAGUACCUCGAAUAUCUGUACUUCUGGCUCGACCACAUGUAUAAGUUUUUAAGAGGAUGCAAGUAUACUUUCCUGAUUACACUAGGUGUUUUCAUAUGCCUCGUGUUC